UCAGAGGAGAUCGCAGAAACAAACAUUGGCCUUGAGUCUGACAGUAAACAAAGAUUGGAUUUGGGUUGGUAAAAGGCUUGGCACUGUGUGAGAAAAAACCUGCAGUGCCAGCUGAUGUGAGAGGCUGUUGGUUUGGGCAGUUGUGGCCCCGCAGCUGGCUGAGCCAUGGGGAACGAGAGCAGCACAACUGAGGCGUUGCCGGAAGCUAAGAGUUUGACCAAGAGAGACGACAAAGGUCUUCUGACUGUAUCCUCCAGCAGCCAGCAGAGUCUGCUAUCCCUACCAGACGUCCCAGUGAUCAGCGGGGUGGAGGAGAGCAGGAGUUCAGCUGAAGAUCAGGAUGAGCUGGAGUUUCCUCAUGACUUGCUGCCCAGUCUAGACUUCAGCAGCGAGCUCAACAUCUGGGAGUCCUCUCUGGGAGCUCAGACUAGCUCAGCAGAGGGGAAAUGUGAGCAGGUGAACCCCCUGCUGGCCGGCCUGCAGCAGCACCACGAAGUCAGUCCACCACGGGUGGUUCUAGAUAAAAGGCCUCAUGACAGCGACCCAGUUCUCACAGAUGUCCAGCCUUCACCUCGGCCCUCUGCCACACCUCACCCGGAUGUCCGACCCCUGACCCCUCCCAUCUCUGAGCUGCUUGACCGGGAACUCCAAGAGGCCUUCCAGGAAUGUGAAGAACAAAUGGCCUCACUGAGCACAUUCAGUCCCUCAGGGCCCCCCGGCACCAAACCUGAGACUGUUCAUAAUGAAGGGAAGAAAACUGGAGAAGUGACGGUUAAAAAAUCCAAUGAGUCAUCGUCACUGCCUCCACUCGUAGUACAUCCAGGACAUAGCAACGGGGGCCAUGGAAACAAGAGUACACACGGAAACAGUGAGGCAGCAAACAGUCGGACGGAUACAGUUGUGUUUAGUUUCAGGGAUUACAUACUGGGCAAUGAGAAAAGUGCUGGGGCAGCGGAGACGGAGAGUGAGAUAAAAACAACACAGAGACUGGAGAAGUGUUCAGAUUUUAAGACAGAAACAGAGAUAGAUGAGCAAAAGGGAACACCCACACAUACACAAUUAGAAACCACAGAUUUAUUGAAAGAAACCCAAAAAGAUGUCGCUGAGCAGAGAGGCGAUUUUAGAGACAAACAUGUUGAUUCCAAUGCAGCCGUUGAGAAAAAGAGCACUGUAGAUUGUAGUAUAGAAAUAGGGGACAAAUGCAAGGAGGCAAUAACAGAUAUUGUAGACAUUAAGAAAGAAAAGUGGAAUGAAUCCAGUAUUAACGACACACCAGAGUGCAGUGAUGUUCGUUUAAAAGAUAAACACACAUUAUCAGAGAGGCAGCCAGAGACACAGACAGGAGCAACACAUCUAAGUCAGGAGGAUCAGGAGUCAAAAACAGACAACUCUCCAUGUGACAAACAGACCGAGCUGAACAAAAAGGCAAAGAAGAAAGAAAAAAAGAAACAAAGGAAAAAGAAAAAAAUAGAAGAGAAGAACACAGAGACUGGCCAGAAAGCAAAGGCAGUAGAAAAACCUGAAAACAAUUCAGAGGCUGUAUCUCUCACAAAUGUGGACACUCACACAGAAUCAACAGAAUCAAUGUCCCAGGCAGACACUCUGAGUUUGAUUUGCGGGGAGCAGCCUGAUUGUGGGUGUGACUUCAAGAGACAGCUGAGUCCUAGGGGAAAGCCCUGCCCCAGCCCCCCACCAUCAUCCUCUCAUAGCAGCCACGAUCAUCUUUCUGACCUGGGGUGUUCACCUGCAUCCAACCAGGCUCUUUCUCAGAGCCCUCUUCAAUCAGAAAACCACAGACAUGCAGACGCCCCAUGUGAUAUUAAUCACUGCUCAGUAGCAAGCCCACAGCGGAUGCAACAUGCAACCGGAGCCGUCAUCGACAAACCAGAUAUACCCAUGACACAUGUCCGAACUACAGUUAUCAAUCCAGCUGCCAAUAAGAGGUCAGGUGCAGUUUCCUCAGAGGCAGGGAUACUCGCAUACGAGAAUCAGAGUCCAUUCUCCAACAGGCAAUUUUGUGUGGGAGAGAGCAGCGUGGAGAGUGCCCUUGAAGAGGCUUUAGUGGUGGUUGCUGCGUUGCCACUGGCAACACCCACGAUGCCAGAAGUGAUAGAAAGCAAGAGAGAGCGAGAACAUGAUUCACUGAAAAGAGUAUCCACUGUAGCGAUCGCAGAGAGUGAGAAGGCAGUGGGAGAGAAAGGUUUGGAAGACAUAGAAAAGUGCUUCUUCCCUUCAGACGGAGAGGAAAAGGGACUCCCGGACAGCCUUGCAUUCAUCUGUUCACAGGGAAAAGGUUCCCUUGCAUUCUCCGCCAAAGAGGGACAAGCUGUAUCUGAGGAAAGCUGCAGCAGCAAAAUGCCACACAACUCAGCUGAGGCUGAAACAAAGGGACAGAGAGAGGCGGCUGUUCGCAGUGCAGACAUCUCACCGGCUGAAGAGGGAGACAUAGAAAAGGAGCAUCACCAUUUAGAAGCCUUUGUCAUUACUUCUCCCUUGAGGAUACUCAGUGGUCCGGAUUGUCAGGCGCACAGAGCUGCAGGAUUGGUGGGAGGAGGGGAGGAGGUGGGAGAGAAAGGAGGGCUGGCUAUAGAGCACAGUUCAUUCAGCCAGCCAGAGAGCUCUGCUGGUGGGGUGUCAUCAUCUGAGGCUGAGGCGUGUCCGCUCACCAAUGUUGCCGAGUCACAGCUAAAGUCACACGGCUGGAGGGAGCCGAUUGCUUCCAUCUCUGAAGGCGUCUUCACCGAACAGGACCGUCUCCCGCCCCCCGGACACCAGCAGCAGGAUGGUGCACUAAUUUCAUCUAACCGGCAACAAAGCAGCAAAGAAAACCGAGGGGUAAGGGCUGAUCUCACACAGGACUCAUCCAUCACAGAGACAGAGGGAAACUGCAGCCAAUUCUUCCUGUCUUCCAUCUCACCCCAGCCUCUGACUACUAAACAUCAAAUCACAGCCGAGCGACAAGCGAGCAACGAUCAACAGGUCCAGCCUGAAAGUAGCACAGAAGAAACUCUCCAAGCACAGACCCCGAAUAAUAUUAACGCUAUGUCGGGAGUGGGUGUGUCCUUAUGUGAAGGCAAUAAAAGCCAUAACAGAGUUCGCUUUGCAGACACUGUGAAACAAGAAGGCAGUUCCUCUGUGAAUCUCAGGAGCAUGGCUUUGUCGCCUAUGGACUGCGCCUCUUUGCCCCCGCUGACUGUUCAUGAGAGUUUGUACCAUCCCGUGGUUGAGGCCAGCUACAUCUUCCCAGAAUUCCUGGUUUUGAAGAAGCCAGAAAUUCCAACAGAUGCAACUCCUACCAAGGACGAUUUUGCAAAAGUGAGCCCGUCCGACUUUCCAAAGCCACAGAAAGAUGUACAGUCGGAUAAAGGGCAGAUGGGGAUAAAAGUCAACAAGGAGACCAUUAAGAGCAACUUCGAGACAAACACAACGGAUUCAAAGUCUGAGGCUUGCUCAAAACAACCUUUAUGUCCGACCGAGACGAAUGGUGACAUUUCACAUGCAGCAGAAAAUGCCUUGCCUGAGGCCGAUCAUCAUAAAGCUGAGCUGGUGUCAGCAAAUGUGACAAAGCAAUUAGAGGCGGAAACACGCAAGGGUGCCUUAAAUCUGUGUUUAUCAGCUGAGAAAGAAACAGACAAGCUACAUGCUGAGUCUAAAAACUCAGUUACGACUGUCCCGCCUCAGGAGUCGCCUUUAAUAAGUGAUGAAGGUAACCAACAUGCUCUUAUCUCACGUUCUGUGUCUCCAGCUGAUGAUGUCACCGCUGAGCUUCUUGUUGGGCAGCUCUCUGCAGACCCUGACCCCUUUCUUCAGACACAGCCUAGUGACCUCAGUUAUCAGCCUCCCAUCCAAUUAGAUCAAACCCCUCUUCGUGGACUACUCACUACUGAUCCCACUGAGGGGCCCAUUAUCCCCUCUGCUGUUCAGACAAAGAAUGAAUCAGCAGCUUCAGUAGUGACAGCCUCUGACCAGUCAAUUCCUGUUAUCGAGCAAUGUGUCGGUAACUCUUUUGUGCUGCGGCCCCGUGGCCCUUUGUUGAGUCACUUGGAGUUAAUUUCUGACUGUGAUAUCUCUCUUCCUGAGCAGAUAGAUAACAGCGGUGCGUACGGUGACAGCGCCAAAAUCUCUGGAGAGGAAGAUGGCAACAAGAGCAGGGAAAUAACUAAACUGUCUGUUGCAAAGGAUCUGGAGCAUAACGAUGUUGGCGUUAAAGUGGACGAGGUUUGUCCGAAGCUGGAGGAAAAAAAUCACAUAAUGGAGUCUGCAAUUAUAAAUGUAAAUAUUCAAUUUUCACAAGAAAACAAUGUGUCUCCUCUUCAGCCUCCUGGUGCAGUGGGUGUGCUGGCAAAGGAUGGGUCUGAUAAUGUAAUUUCUCAAUCUCACACUGAUCCAAUUGGCAUUAAACCUGUUAUUUGUGAAGCAUCUAUUAAGGAUGACCUCAUUUAUGUCAGCUCUGACCUGCCUACCAACAAGGCUUGCGAUAAAAUUAAACAAGAAGACAUGAAAGAGAAAAUGGGAGAUCAGACCUCCGUGCUGUUUGCAGAGGAAAAGAAAAAAACUGAAGAGGCAACAAUGGAUAAUCAAAAGGAAACGGCAGACAGGAGCACAGUGCAGAUAGGAGAGAGUGGCACAGCACUGCAACAGGGUAAUGGGACAGAUACAGAAGCUGUGGAAGAAAUUCGAGACAUGCAGCCACCGCAUAAACAUAAAAUACACAUGACUGAAUCGCUAAUAGGGGAUAUAAAGGAGGAAGGAGAAGGGAAGAGCCAGACUUCCCCCUUAUCUCCCAACAGACCUGUGUGGUCAUCUGAAGACAGAUUAAGUGCUGAGGUAGAGUUUGGUAGUGAACCUCAGACUGUUUAUGAGCAGAGUUUGCUCCAAACUCCGACAGCAACACUGGAACACAGCUCUGACAGGGACAAGGCACCUGACCAAUCGCAGUCCACACUGGAGCCAAACAGUUUUGCUCAGCAACAGCAGCGGCUUCUCGGAUCCAGACAUCCCACAGAGGAUUUGUCAGGUGGCUGUCUAAAGGGGGGAGAACAGAAUAACAGUAAGGCCAGGCAGACCCUAACGAUGGCUCCCGGGGUGAGAGAGGGAGCAGAGGGAGGACACGGCUCUGUUGUGAGUUUGUGUCAGUCAGGAAGAGGGGAUGAGUUGACAGAUGACGACAGCAGUGGCAAUGAACGUGGGAUAGGUUUGGAGAAAGGAAAGGGGGAGGGUGCAGUAGAGGUUGACAGCGUUUAUGUGCCAUCUCACCUAGCCAGUGAUGUAAAUGAGAGUGGAAAGGCUGCUCAGAGAAAUGCGUUGACUGAUACCACAGUUCUCUCUCAUAUAGGUGAGACGAGACAGGGGAUGGAUGAGAAUAAAAGCCCUGCGUUAGAGGUAGUUGGGUCGGGUACAGACACUGAGGUUGUGAGGGAUCUUUAUGCUGAAGGUCAGCAGAAAAGCAAUCUAUCAGCUGCCUGUCAAGACCAACAUGAAAAACCAGAGACUUCAAAGGACAAUGCUGUAUCUGUUGAGUCUUCAUCACAGGAACAUGAGACUGCACCUUUCCAAAUCUGUGUUCCAUCAAAGGUCAGCACAGACAGUCAAUGCAUUCACACAACAGUUGUUCCAAGCGCAAGCAAAGCUGAAGAAAUUCUUACAAUAACAUCCAGUGCUAUGGUUGUGCAACCGGAAAGUGUGGGAAAUGAUUUUAGCCCUGUCCUGGCUGUAAAAAUCCACAGUAGUGAAACGGAGGACUGUGAAAUUCAGGAUACUGCGUGCAAGCCUCUCGAGCUCCAGAGUUCCAUAACAACGUCAGCCAUACAAAGCAGCUCGGUAGUACAAACAGGCCCUGAUGUAGAGGAGAUCACAAAGGAAGAUAAAGCAGCUUUGGACGAAGAGAAAGUUAACAGCCAGGGAAAGGGACAAAGUGAGAUCAAAGCGACGAACAAUGAGGCAGUGAAAGAACAGGAGGUCAUAAAUCAAACUGGAAUUGCUAAAGGCAGUGGCUCAAUCGGUGUUUCUAAGGCAACAGAAAAGGGUAUAACAGAUACAAAUACUCCUGGAGAUAUCACAGCUUCAUCUGUUGUUUCGUCAAAGAGCCCGGAAGCCUCAACAGUUACCCAGUCAGAGAAGCCUCAUGAUCAGGUGUCAAAGCCCGGAGAUCAUACUGCGGUAAACCCCAUUGUUGCUGCUCCCCACUGUGAAGGAGAAACACUUGUUAAACAUGUGUGUUUGAGCGCAGAGGCUGCAGAGGUUUCAGAGAGACAACCAGAAACAAACUGGAUACAAGCUCUAAAAGAAGCUGCAUCCCAUACUCAGAGUAAACAAGAUACCUUAAGACCCUUCCCAUCUCUGGAGUCUCCACAACUAGAGUUUCUAACACCAGCUGAAGAGAUAGCUGCUCCUCCGAAAGAGGACGAGAUCCCACCACCGGCUCAAGCUGUGGAGAAGACAACUGAGAUCCCCCCUCUGAACCUUGAGAAGAAGCCAGUGGAUCUUCCUGAACCUUUAAAGAAGCCAGUGGAUCUCCCUGAACCUUUAAAGAAGCCAGUGGAUUUCCCUGAACCUUUAAAGAAGCCAGUGGAUCUCCCUGAACCUUUCAAGAAGCCAGUGGAUCUUCCUGAACCUUUAAAGAAGCCAGUGGAUCUCCCUGAACCUUUAAAGAAGCCAGUGGAUCUUCCUGAACCUUUCAAGAAGACAGUAGAGCUCCCAGAACCAAUACAGGGUACACAAGUAGAGCUCCCAGAACCAAUACAGGGUACAAAAGUAGAGCUCCCAGAACCCAGGGUACAAAAAGUAGAGCUCCCAGAACCAAUACAGGGUACAAAAGUAGAGCUCCCAGAACCAAUACAGGGUACAAAAGUAGAGCUCCCAGAACCAAUACAGGGUACAAAAGUAGAGCUCCUAGAACCAAUACAGGGUACAAAAGUAGAGCUCCCAGAACCAAUACAGGGUACAAAAGUAGAGCUCCUAGAACCAAUACAGGGUACAAAAGUAGAGCUCCAACAAGAGGCAAAGAAGGUAGAGCUCUCAGAACCAACCAAGAAAGAGGAAGAGUCUCCAAAAGAGCUCCCUGAGCCUAAAAGUGAGCCAGUUACUUCAGACAUAGCUAAGGGGCCAGCUGAACUUGAAGAACCAAUAAAGCCCAUAGAAGAGCUGCAAAAGCCAACGAAAUAUGAGGACCCAGAACCAACAAAGACUGCAACGGAGCCACCAAAACCAGAAAAGAAGCUGAUCAGUGAGCUGCCAGCAGAGGAGCUAGUGGAAGACCCGGCCGAGAUCCUACCUGAGGAGCCAAUAAUAGUGCCAGCUGAAGAAACAACAGCCACAGAGACCGUCCAGAAUCCUGCUGAGGAGCCGCAGGACAGUGGGUCCUCCCUCACUGAGCAGGCAGAGAGAGGUGACCGUGCCCCUGCGUCUCCCCAACCUCCUGCAUCCGAAAACCACUUCCUGCCCGCCCUCCCUCGUCACCUCCAAGACGCCACAGAGUUCCCCACUCCUCCUCCCACACCCCCGGAGAGACACUCACCUGAAGGAACCCCACCUGCUUCUCCCUGCUUUCCUCCCCCUCCUCCUCCAGCCCUUGCCUCCCCUCCUGUAGCUCCUGUUUCCCAGAGUGAGGGCCCUUGCCCUGCCUCUGAACCCUGCCACCCUACUUUAAGGUAUGAACAUAAACUCUGCCUGACUGUCAGCUGACUGCACUUUUCUGUGUUUAAAAAU